AUGACCAUUGUGUGCAUGAUCCCAGGUCUUCCCAAUGACACCUAUGCAAUCCAGGGAGCCUGGCAUGAACUCCUGAUUAACGAGACCAUCCCCCUGGGCUCCAAGGGCGACUACUCUGAGUGUUCUCUUUACUCCAACUUCUCCUACACUAACGCCACCUAUAGCUGUGACAAAUGGGUGUACGACAAGUCUGUGUUCACUGCAACCUUUGCCACUGAUUUUGGUCUGGCUAACUGUGGAGAGAAGUGGAAGAUUGCUACGGCCCAGAUUGUCUUCAUGGCAGGAGUGCUGGUGGGGGCCUUCGUCAUGGGAGCUCUGUCAGAUGCCAUUGGCCGUAAGCCCACCUUGAUUAUCUCUGUGUUGCUACAAGGUGUUUGUGGCACAGCAGCAGCCUUUGCUCCAGAAUACUACAGUUUUAUUGUCCUCAGGUUCUUUGUGGGUUCAGCCACUGCCGGGCUGUUCAUGACCACUUUUGUACUAGGUAUGGAGUUGGUUGGUCCUUCCAAGCGUAUGAUAGCAGGUAUAUCAAUAGAAUACUUCUUUGCGGGAGGUCUGAUCAUACUUACCAUGGUUGGGUACUUCUUGCGUGACUGGAGGCACAUAGAAUUGGCAGUUUCUGUUCCGAGUUUUGCCUAUAUUCUUUACUGGUGGUUCGUACCUGAAUCAGCAAGAUGGUUGCUGGCCAAUGGGAAGGAAGAUAAGGCAGAGGAAAUAUUACGUCAGGCAGCCAAGGUGAAUGGCAAGGUCCUCCCAGAGAAGCUGUUUGAGCAGGUGGCCGAGGACGAGGAGGAGCAUCAUGGGAGCAUUCUGCAGAUCUUCAGGUCGCCAAGAACCCUGGUCAGGACACUCAUCAUCUUCCUUAACUGGUGUGUGGUCAGCAUGGUCUACUAUGGCCUCAGUUUGAACAGUGGUAAUCUUGGAGGAGAUAUCUUCCUCAAUUUUUUCCUCUCAGGGCUGGUGGAGUUUCCCGCCUACUGCUUCUGUUUCUGUAUAGACAAAGUGGGCCGCAAGGGACCUCACGUGUUUGGCAUGCUCUUGGGUGGUAGUGCAUGUCUUUGCACCAUUUUCGUGGCUCUUUACGCUGAUCCUGGUGAUCCUAACACCAGGUGGUUCUACAUAGCUCUCAGUAUCGUAGGGAAGCUGGGAGCCACCAUGGGGUUUGCCAUCAUCUACGUGUGGUCUGCAGAACUCUAUCCCACUGUGUUGAGGAACAGUCUGAUGGGCUUCAGCUCCACGUUUGCCAGGGUUGGGGGCAUGCUGGCACCUGUGAUUGCUAACAUGGUGACCUUCCCUGGUGCUAUAGGCAGAAGUGCUGCUCUGAUAGUGUUUGGUGCAGCCACAGUAUUUGUAGCCUUGCUGUCUAUCCUACUGCCUGAGACUGCAGGGAGAGAACUGCCAGAAACUAUUGAUGAUGCUGAGAAAGUGCCUUUCUUCUCCAGUGCCCCCAAGGCAGGCGAGGACACAGAGAAGAGUCUACCAGUGGAGCCGAAAUACACCAAGAAGGACUUCGCCUACAACAAUCCUGUCAUGGAGGAUAAAGUUUAAAAUUGCUUCAUCACAUCAAGCAAUUCUGUGGUGAACUCUGCAUCAUUUACAUUCUUUACUUUCUUAUUUUGAAAAUUUAGGAUUUGUUAUGGGUUUGGGCAUGUAGGUUUUUAUUUAUUUCUGCAAAAAGCAUUUUGUGUUUCUUAAAUUUUAUUUUUGUUAGAUUAGAAUGGUGUUAAGUGACUAAAUAUUAUUGAUAAAAUGAUCUACUAUUAACAAGUGAUUGCUCAGUUACAUUUCAUGCAUUUCAUAACUUUAAAAGGGAAAUUUUGAGUCGCAAUAAAAGUUGAUAGACUGAUAUUUUUGAUAAUGUGACAAGUGAGACUUCCCAAGGAAGUAUACUUUACAAUAAAGUUGUCAUCACUAUUUUCUUUUUUUUUUCUAUUUUAUAACAGAAAAUAUUAUGUCCUAUGUAAAAAAAUAU